GCGCCCUCUUUAGCGUCUGUGUUGUCGUUGGCGACUGUUUACGUGAAAGUUUAUAUGCCUAUUUAGUUAUGUUAUUUUGUUGUGCGGUUGUCUGAGACAUUCAUUUAUUUUAUAUCAAGUUUUUAUUUUUCUUCUAUACAUCUGAGAGACAAUGAGCAAAAAAAUCAGCUACAAAUCUGGAGAUCUUGUAUUUGCUAAAGUGAGGGGAUAUCCGCCUUGGCCAGCGAGGGUGGAGCAGGAUCCUCCUCCUGGCAAAAAGGUACCUAAGAACAAAUAUCCCAUUUUAUUCUUUGGCACGUAUGAAACAGCUGUGCUUGCUGCUAAAGAUCUCUUCCCAUAUGAGCAAUACAAAGCAAAGUUUGGGAAGCAACAGAAAAGGAAGUUUUUCAAUGAGGGCCUCUGGGAAAUUGAGAAUAAUCCCAAUGCUAAACCUGGGGCUGGUCAUGUAACUGUUAAAUCUAAUGAAAAAGAAGAUUCUCAAGAUGAAGUUGCUAGUGAUGAAGAUGAAAAACUUGUAAUUGAUGAAAAGCCAUCAAGUAAAGAAGAUGGUGGAGCUCAUAAGAGAAAGGGAGAGCACAAAGAGUCAAAAAAAAGCAAAAAGGCCAAGGUUGAAAAGCCUGAACCAUCUGUUGACGAAGAAGAAAAUGAACAGUCCAGUGAUGAUAAUUUGAAAACUGAAAAAACAAAAAAAGAGAAGUCAGAUGGCGAUAGAAGCCGCAGUGGGCGUUCAAACAAACGCAAAAAGUACGAUGCUGAUGAUGAGUUGGAAAAGGAUGAAGAUGAAGAGGAAAAGACAACAGAUUCAGAUGUUAAACCAUCUGAGAAAAAAGAGGAGAAAAAAUCUAAAUCGAAAAAAGAGGGCAAAGAAAGUAAAAAACACAAAGAAGGACGACAUGGAAAAAAUCGAUCACAGACAUGAACUUCUGUGACUCAUUUUCUUUUGCAUGCAAUGAUAAAUUUUGGAGUUCUCUUUGCUCGUCAGAAAUUUUUUUACUAGGCAAGAGAUAAAAACAAAAUUUUUAAUGUGUUACGGCACACAAAUUUACAUUAUUUGAUAGCCACAUAUCUUCAUUUCUUUUCAUAAUGAACUUUAAUAUCUGUUAUACUUCUACAGUGUUACAAAAAGAUGAUUGUAGCUGCUGUUUUUGUAGAAUAUAUUAAAUACAUUCAUGAACUGAAAUGUACUUUGUCGUUGAUUUUUUUAUGCUUGUAUUAUUAUUAUUAUUAUUUUACUAUAUUAUAACAUUGCAAACAAAUUGUCUUCCCUUAUUUGAAUUGUAUUCUUAAAUGAUCAUUCGAAUUCAAGAUUUCACAUGUAUUCAUUUGCACAUACUAAGACUUAACCAUUCAUAAAACUUCAUAAAGGCUUAUAUUCAUGUGCUUCGAGUGCUUUUAUAUGUAAGGGACAUAUUGUCAGAUAUGCUACUCGGGCUUUCGUAUAUUUUGUUUGCAGUUUGCUCAUUUGCAUCAUUCAUCGAAAAACGUUUUUCAUACUAAAUAAAUGCAGAAGUGUCACAUUUCAUCCUGCAAUAAGAGUAAUUUUUUAUGUCAUUAAUAAGAUGCUUCAAUUUUUCUUUGACUGUAAAAAUUGGUAAUAUAUAUAUAUAAUACCUACAACUUACUUAUGUUAGAAUGAUUGGAAUAAGAAACACUUUAAUAAUAUGAAUCAUUUAAUGUGGAAAAUAAUUGAUAAAAUAUUUGUUCUCAAUCUUUUUUUGAAAAGAAUAUUCUUUUGUACUUGUAAUGUUAAAUCUGCUUCCGAAAUAUAAUGUGCGUAGUUCAUUGAGAACUAUGCAAUUAAAGCUCAUGCAAUGCAAUACUAAUUAAUUAUUUUAUUUCUCUGUGAUAAACUGGCUAUAUUUAAAAAUAUCUAUUAGAUAUUUCAAUUAUGCUCAAGCUAUGUUACUUCAAGAGAACCCCUUCAUUUGUGAUACCUUCAUCCUUGUUCUAUUCUGGACUUGUUAUUUUCCAUUCUGAGCCAUAAUAAGAUUGUCUGAUGGAGAUAUAUUUUAAUUGCUUGUCUGUUCUGGCAUUGCAAAAUAAAUUGAUAUUAAUUGUGCCUAAAUUUGUUGUUUAAAUUUAAGUACUGAAGUAUGAGGCAAUUAAACAUCUGGUAAUUUUUAUCCUGUGUUAUAAAAAAUCUCACCUAGGAGAAUUUGAAAUACAGUAAAAUUGCAUUUAUCAAAGCGAUUUUAACAGCGUAUUUAGUGUUUUCAUCCAUUUUCCAUAGGAAAGAGUGUUAUUUUCAUCCAUUUUCCAUAGGAAAGAUAAAAAGAGUCAUGACUCAUCAAUUUGUUUCUUUUCUUUGUGCUAUAUAUUCUAAUCUAUAUUGUAUUAUUUUCCUUUUUUUAAAUAUUUUUUCAUUCAUGUCAGUUGUGCACGUUAAGCAAGGAGUUAUUGCAUGAAAUAUAUUUACUCCUUGUUUUAUUUAAAAUAUGUGUGAAAAUUCUGCUGUUUUCAAAAUGUAUAAUACAUUUUAUUGUAUCUCUAAAUGAAUUGAAAAAUAAUUAAAACAUUUGAGAUUUUAUGAAAAUUAUGCUAUGUGGAAUAAAUACAACAUAUUGUGUAGCAUUCGAAAUACGUGUAUCUUUAUGAAUUAUUAAUAUUUAAUUUAAUAUGAAACUACACAUACUGUUCCCAGGAACUAUCUAUUAUGGAGAAAGUUUGCUAAUGUAGACUGUCCAUUUAUGGAAGUCUAAAAUGUAGUAUGAAAAUUUUUCCUUCAUGUUACUGUUAAGCUUCCUUUCAUAUUCCAGUAAAACAGUUAUCCUUUUUGGUACAUUUUUGUCAGGACAGCACUAAUUCAUGUAGUUUGUAAUAACAAAGUGUAUAUUUGUAUUCUGAAAAGAAGACUUUUUUUAUACAUGAGGAAUCUGUAAAAUGCAUAUUGUAAUUUUGAACCAGUCUGUCUUUUAUCAUUUGUUUUCGGGCAAUUAUUAGUAAAAUAGCUGCUCCUGAAUCACUGUUAAAUAUCAUGAAUGAUACAGUUUUCAGCAUAAUAUUUUUUGUAUGUAGCAGCAUCUGCAUUACUCUUUGUCUUCAGGCAACUUUUGGUAAAGAAAGAAACUUAUUAAAAAAAAAAUUGUACUAAAUAGAGGAAUUGCAAGUACAAUGAAAUGUUCUAUGCUUUUAAAAGGAUAUCCCCCCCAACCCCAGAAGGAUCUUUUUUUGUGUGUGCACACUGCAUUUUUUUGUCAUUUCUGGCUGAGACUUUAAAUAACUGCUUACUUGUACCUGUGGAAAACUGCAAUUCUUGUACAAAAGUGUAUGUGUGUGUGUUUUGUUUUUAAAUGUAUAGCUUUAGCAUUUUAUAUAAAAAAAAUAAUCUCUGAAUAAAAUCAUCUCCUUGUUUUUACACUUAAGUUUAAUUGUACCAUAAACCAAUUUAUAAUUAUUUUGAUAAAUAUAUCCCCUAGAAGAUAUUGAAAGUAAAUAACGAAAGCAAAAGGAAACAUGGGUGUCUGCAAAACAAUUUUACAAAGGUAACUAAUCACAUAAAUGUUUACAACAUUAUUCAAUUUCGUAGGUUCUAAAACCCCUAUCAUAUUAUGUUUCGGCUGUUCUGGACAUUGAAAGGGACAAUUCUCAGACCUGCACAUUUCCAGGAAACCCACGUAGCUAGGUUACCAUUUUCACUUAGUACAAAGAUUUGAAUGCCAAACAGUAAUCGAUUAUCGCUCAGAUUGGAAUCAUGUGAACCUUCAGAAGUAGAACAUUUGUCUGAUUGGUCUUGAUCUACACCGGACAGAGCUGCAGCUGAAACAUUUACGGCCAGGUUUAAAAAAAUCCUGCGUAGCCCGGACUUCACUUCCAGCGCAGCUGUUUUUUCUAGGAAUCCUCCCGUUUAAACCAGUGCUACCAGAAUCUCAUUUUUCAGAAAAGUCCCGUCUAGCAGGGACCAUCGCUAGAUGUGAUAACCUCUUUAAGCAGAUCACAAUGCAGUAUUACAUUGAUACAAAAACAAUUUUUUGCUCAGUUCCCGUGGGGAGCGGAAAUUGCUACAUUUGUUCCCUUGCCCAUGAAUACUACAAAUUCAAUUAAGCAAAUCCUUUUUUUUUCUUUUUCCUAACACAUUAACAGAAUUAGCUUUUAUUCCUAUUAUGUACUGCUUACUUGUACCUCUUUACAAAAUGUCUGCUCUUGAAAGUAGCAGCUAAAAGCUGUAUGCAAUAUUAAUGAAUUGCAUGUAUUUUGUUUUUAUAAACUGUGUGGGACACUGUCAAAAUCAGUCUUUAGUUAAUACUCAUUCCUAAUAAUGUUAGCUUAAAACCAUGAAGCUAAGCUUCAGAUGUUAAUGAAAACUGAGUUAAGUGAUUCAGCGAAAACCUGUUGAUUUUCACAGAUACAAAAAUUUCUAAAAUGCCAAGGAAAUAUAUCAGUGGGAGAAAUGUUUGAUAUCUGUGUGGUUGUUACAAUUUUUAUUGCAUUUACUUCAUUAUUUUUAUGUUUCUCGUUUAACAUGAAAUAUGAGCUUUUAUUAAAGCUUAAUAUUACAUUCUUCCUUCUAAAAAGAAUAUAUUACGGUACCGUACUUCUAUUGUAUGAUGUACUGUGUAUAAGAACUCUCAAAAUUUUUCUUUGCAUGCUUAUAGUUUUUAAUAUAAGAUUCUGUUAUGUCCAUGGAUUUUAGAGUAAUUAGUACUAUCUAACAAGACUGCUUAAAUAAUAUGGGUCUGCAUUAAUCUUUUAUUGCCUAAAUGUUUCAUACUUGUUUUUUACAUUAAUGUAAGCAUCAUCAGAUGCAAUUUUAUAUGUCUUCAGCCUGUGGUACAUGAAAGAUAUUGCAUCAAUUCAUUGUAAAUGGAAUAUUUAAAUGACACGUGAUAACCUUUCUUUCCUCUGGUGUUUUCUUUUAAACUGAACAUAUUUCUGAAAGAAGUAUUAAAUGUUGCUUGUAUUGUUGAAAGGAUUCGAAGGAAUGGUAUGCAAGAUUAGUUAUUUUGGGAACUAUGCAAAUACUUCAUUGACAUACUGAGUUGAGUCAAUGGCAGUCGAUGAUGGAGGUUUGUAAUUUUAAAAUAGGAGAACUGAAAUGUAAAUUCAUUGCUGAUGUUGCCAAGUUUAGCAGCAAUUUACAUAGCUUAAAUGGUUCUUCCAAGUCCAUGUAAAAUUGCUGGCCCUUGGAAUAUGUAUGCCAGUUAUGAAAUUAUUUGUGAAUAUCCAUUACAUGGUUUGAGCCAAUGAUGUACAAACGUGCAAUUUUGUUUUUACGUGGCAAAAUGCUGUGCUUCAUGAACUGCGUAAGUAAUGAUGUAUAUUUAAGUGAUUCUGAUACAGAUCAUGUUAGAUAUAAUCUGAGUAGGCUAUGCAUUUGUAUUUUCUAUAGUUGAUGAAUUAUAUAAUAUUCUUAAUGAAUUUUCAUUAUUUUAAUGCCUUUAUUUAUAAUUGCUAAUUCACAGAAUUUUUGGUGAUGGAGUUUGUUCUUAUAUUUUUGCUCUUAUAAUGUAUUUCCUUGUCUUAGUAAUAUAUUUUCUCUUCUUAUGAUUAGAUUGAAGUUAUGAGUAUAGUGAUGGAAUAGAAAAGUUUGUGUAGUAUUUUAUGUGAUUUAUGUUUGUGUUUAAUUUGUAUGAAUAGAGAGUUGCCCCCCACACACACUGUACAUUUUAAAAAUACUUUUUCACAAACUGUUAUGUGUAUCAAGUUACCAUUGGAUCACAAAUGUAGAUAAUUGUUGCCAAAAAAUUAUAUGAAUAUUUAAAUUAUUUGAUAAAUAAAGGCAACAUAAAUAAAUUCUAGCACCUAAGAAUUAAUAUGGAGCUGGGGACAGUUAGCAUCAUAAUUAUUAUUUAUAUUAGCUAGAUUUUCAAUCAUAAUAUUCUCUCAGCUGUUUUAUUUCAUUCUUUAUUUUCUGUGUAAUUUAUGUUCAUGAUCUUAGUUAUACUGUUAUUCAGAUUAAAUUUGAUGUAAUAAAGUUUUGGUAUGCAA